ACCACAAAAAAGAGGAAGUUGUUGCUUUUACUGGAUACAUGUCGGCGUUUCCAGUAAACGACAGCCCAGGCUGUUGGGGCGUCCCAGAGGUGUAUAAACACCACGAACAGAAGAAAGUAUGCAUUUCUCGUCCAAAAUAUAGAGAAGGAAGGAAGGCUAAAGCUGUAAAGGUGUACACCAUCAACUUGGAGUCUCGUUACCUGAUGGUCCAAGGAGUCCCAGCCAUUGGAGUGAUGACGGAGCUGAUCCAGCUAUGUGCCCUGUACGGAGCCGUGGAGGAGUACAGACCCCUGGAUGAGUACCCUGCUGAGGAAUUCACGGAAGUCUACCUCGUCAAGUUCCAGAAACUCACCAGUGCCAGAGCUGCCAAACGACACAUGGAUGAGAAGAGUUUUUAUGGGGGCGUGCUACAUGUGUGCUACGUCCCUGAGUAUGAGACUGUGGAUGAUACCAGGCUGAAGCUGCAGGACAGAAGGAGAUAUGUUAUCAGGACUGUUCGUAAUAAAGCAAGAGAAAAACAACAGAAGGAGUCAGUACAGGAGCAGCCCAGGUCAUCGGACUCAGCUACCACAUCACAGGCGAUUGUGACCAGACAAGAUCAAAUCUCAGACAAUGACCAGACUGUGGAGACUUCAAACAUGAGCCAUUAUUCAGGCUUCUCUCUACUACCACUACCUCCCCAGGAACAUUAUAACUACAGAUAUAUAAACCAGUUCAGGACUAUACCAACAGAGGACAAAAUGGGAACAUUACAUAAUACAGUUAUUGACACAAAACAGCAGCCAAUACAGGGUACAAGCUUCAAUCAAACCUCUUUAGACAGAGACCAAGAACAAAGACUCACCUCAAAUCAAAGUUCUACGGUCAGAUUUGUCCCGAGGACCACAAAUUUAGAGAACAGGAAACGCAAGAUGAACGAUACGGGGAAAAACUCACUGACUGAUGACACCACAAAGAAUGAGCCUGUUAUUGGGCCAAAACUACCGGAACCAUCCAAAAUGGACAUGGAAGAUGAGUCACUGAACACAACUGUAAGCCUGAUCAGGGGCACAAUGAAAAAGAUGGGAGCAGUUCCUGAUCUCAAACCAGUGGAAAAAAAGGUGAAACCCCGACGUCGGAUUUGAUCAAGCAUGUUGUCUUUCAAAGCAUUCAUUUCUGUUACCACAUUGGAAAACUAUUUCCAGGCAAUGUUUUUUGUUUUGAUUACUUUUUAUUUUUGCAUUGUUAACGGCUAUUAACAUUUAUCCUGGAGUAUGCAGCUGAAAAUAAAGACACUGCUUCUUCAAUG